CUCUCUCUCUCUCUCUGUAUAAAGAUUGCCUGUACUUGCUCUCUCUUUGUUUCAAUUGACAUCCUCCUCGGUUUCUCCGUAUAGUUUUCAUCAAGAAGUUGACUUGGAAGAUGGGCAUGGCGUUCAAGAUCUUCAUGAGGCUGGCGGUGUGUUAUCUCGGCUUUUCUUGGUUCCUCUUGACUGCUGCCGUUCCUGCAACCCGAAGCUUGAGGUCGAGCAACGAAAUCAUAUCACUCCAGGAACUGCAAUCACUUUCUCUGGAUGGUGUGGAGUUGAUGGUAGGAGGAGGAGGGACUUACAAAGUGGAGGGAAGGAUGGACAUGGAAAUCGAAGACUAUGCAGAACCAGGCGCCAAUCCUCGUCACGAGCCACCCCCAUCCUCUUCCGCAAACCCUUGACACCAUAAUGGAAUUUGCCGUUCAUUUGUUCACUGUAAAGAGAUCGCUGGAUGAGUUUAUAAGGAAAGGUUGGAGGUUCUUUUUCUUUGGGUUGUGCCUGUACGAUGCGCGAUAUUCAUGUGAGAGAAGAUGAUGUUAGUCGGAAAACAAGAGGCAUGUUAAAUUAAUCACAUUGUGGAGUGGUUUCGAUUCGUAUAAUCAUAUGAAUUACCGAGAAUUAAUCA